AUGCUCCCAUGCAAGGUGCUUGCUCAACUCGGGGCCAACUGUAUCAACUAUUUAUGGUUUUGGUGUUCAGUGUUUGCAGAGGGUCAUCUGGAUGUGGUGAGAUAUCUGGUGACUGAAGCUGACUGUGAUCCUGAUGUCAGAGAUGAUGAUCAGGACACUCCCCUUCACACUGCCUGCAGGUAUGGUCAUCUGGAUAUGGCGAAAUUCCUUGUUGCUGAAGCCAAGUGCGAUCCAAACGUGAAAAAUAAAAAUGGAGAAACCUCUGUACAGAUUGCCUGCUGGAGUGAUCAUCUGGAUGUGGUGGGAUACCUGGUGAAUGAAGCUCACUGUGAUCCUAAUGUCAAGAGUAAAAGAGGAGAAACUCCUCUCCACAGAGCCUGCAGGGAAGGUCGUCCGGAUACAGUGAGGUAUUUGGUGACAGAAGCUGGUUGUGAUCCUAAUGCAAGGGACGGUAGUGAACAGACCCCUCUCCACUGGGCCUGCAGGGUAGGUGAUGUGGAUGUAGUGAAAUAUAUGUUGACUGAAGGACACAGUGAUCCUAAUGCCACUGAUAAUGAAGGGGCAUCUCCUCUCCACACGGCCUCCAGGUAUGGUCAACUGGAUGUAGUGAGGUAUCUGGUGACUGAAGCUCAGUGUGAUCCAAACAUCAGAAACAAAGACGAAGAGACUCCAAUCCACACUGCCUGCCUGAGUGGUCACCUGGAUGUGGUGAAGUACCUGGUGACCGAGGCUCACUGUGAUCCAAAUCCACAGACCAAUAACGGAGAGACUCCGCUCCACACUGCCGGCAGGAAGGGUCAUCUGGAUAUAGUGAGGUAUCUGGUGGGUGAGGCUAGCUGUGACCUGAAUGCCAGGGACACCAAUGGAUACACUCCUCUUCACACUGCCUGCAGUAUGGACCAUAAAGGACUGGUUGCGUAUCUACUAGCAGAGUGUAACGCUGACCCCAACUGCACCGCAAACAAUGGAUUCACACCCACGUCCCUCGCAGAAAACACGGAAGUUGUCAAACUCCUUCUGCAGUACGGCGGAGUCAGCAAAAAUCUCACGAAAUGCCUCCUGGCAGCCCAAUGUUCAACUCUAGUGCCAGAGCCCAUUUCAUCGGUGUUUGUGGUUGGGAGACGAGGGAGCCGGCAAGAGCACACUGAUCAAGGCACUGACAACUGAGAAAAAGGAAGGGGGGCGGAGAGGUUGGCGUUCCAGAAACGUGAAAGUGACUGGCGUGAGGGGAAAAACUGCUGGCGUAGUGAAUCACGAAGUCCGAAACUUUGAAAUGCGAAGUCUCUGGAUUUACGACCUGGCCGGGAACCGCGCGUUUCGCAGUGCCCACGACACGGUCGCUAGAAGCAGCAUUAAAUCGGCAAUGUUUGUUCUCGUAGUAAAUCUCUGUGCCGCACUUGUCGAUUUGAAAGCAAACGGUCUCUUACUGGAUCUCCUUCGUUCAGGGUCAAGUCUGUGCACAAUCGUCUUCGACAUCACCAGUCGCCUUGCCUUACCUUCUAGCAGUAGGGAGCCACUCAGACUCGGUCAGGUCCAAACCAGCCCUGGAAGAGAAAGAGGGGGUUGUACGAAGCCUCUGUCGAGAUGCCCAAAAUCUCAUCUUUGUCGAAUAUUUCAGAGUUGACUGCCGCUACCACGACACUCCGCCACUCACCCAACUAUCGCAGCAAAUCAACGCAAACAUUAUUGGCUGAAACAAAAAGCCCCGGAAGUCACCUUUGCUCUCACACACUCUACAUCUACCUGGUCUCGGAUUGCGCAAAAAAACCUGGGGACUACGGUUAGGCAGCCUCGUGAAGACCAUAGAGUCCGAUCCGCUCUCGUGGAAAGAACGGUUUCUUCCUCAAACGUUGGAAGAAGUCCACGAAGCUUGCAGUAUCAUCAACGACAGAGGUCUCAUACUCUUCAUCAGGACACAGCCCUUAGAGAACAGUUGGAUCGUCAUUGAUAAAGAUAUGCUCCUUCGGCAAGUAUAUGGGGCAGUCUUGUCACCUCGUGACUUUGCUGAGCACAAGUCACUCACAGUGACUGGCGUUGUUCCCUUCUCGAAACUCUGCAGCACGUUUGCAGAACUCAUCGAGGCAAAGAAAAUUGAUCCGCAGCUUAUCGUAGAUUUUUUAGUCCACAUGGAGUUUUGUCGGGAGAUCAGGGAGGACGAUCUUCUCAAACUGGUGACACAGGCUCCCACAGAGUACGGUAAAGAGCGCCACUUUCUCUUCCCAGCACUGACACAGCAGAGUCCUCCGCACGACCUCUGGCAGCCCCAGCCUGACCAGUACAGCUGCUGCUGGGUCCUGCGAUGUCUGGACCACCAUUACCUCAGCCCUCGGUUCCACCAGGUCCUCUUGCUCCGACUGGCCUUUGAGCACAGCGAGGCCGUGGAACCUCACAAGGUAGCAGCCAGGAGUCCUGUCCUCCACCAGCAGUGCUCCGUCUGGAGGAACGGCAUCAAAUGGACCACUGACACCUCUGAUGUCCUGGUAGAGGUCACUGACCACAGCGUAGUCCUCUUCCUCUCCUGCCGGAGCGACGUCGGCAAAGAACUUGAACUUGUCAACACACGAGCGCAACUUAUGAAGCAAGUAUUGAAAGCAAAGGCGGAGUUUUGUGGUGCAUCGAGACAGUAGAGGAGUUUAUCCCCCACCCUCAGUACCCAGUGAACAUCCCCUGCACCUCAGUUUCAGUUGAGAGCAUUGCUCAAGCCAUCUGCAAUGGCAAGGACGUGCAAACGUCUUCUCGAGAUCUUGUACCAGUUGUAAAAUUACUUCAUUUUGAAUCGUUCCAGUUUUGUAAUCUCCAAUGUUUGGUCGAUUUGUACUGUGACGAACUAGGGUCUUGUAAGGUCACCUCAUCCUUUAUCGAAAGUGUAUCGUCCAACAUUACCUCCAUGGAUGAUUUCUGUACCGUUCUGAAUGUUCCUCUCCAUAAGAUAGAGGUAGAGGGUGGCAGCAGUGACCGUGCCAAGGCAGUGAGGAUGUUCCAAGAGUGGCAGACACAGAGUGACGGAACCUACCAGUGUCUCAGAGGACAGAUGGACAAAUACAGUAUCUUCUCAGGAAGAAACAUACUGGAGAUUGCCGUAGUUCAGAAACGUUCUCUGCCUCCACCGUCGAGAGCUGUCUCAUCUGCAGCACUGAAUGGCAGCAUACGAUGAUUUUGAAGGAUAUCACCUUCACAACUGUUCCAUUGCAUCUCUGCACUCUGUUCAUAUCAAGAUUGGUUUAUAUAGACAUUGUGACUGUUAAUAAAUUACACGUUAUUAUCUUAUGUUCAAGCUAUUGGCUGUAUUAUAUAUACAGCAAUGCUUUAUGACUACAAGUACAAUGUCGACAAAAGAAGGCAAGACGCAUGCGCAUUGGUUGCAACUCCGACCCCGCCUCCUCAUUAUUUGCAGAGGGGGAGCUGUUCUGUCGUCUAUCGAUUACUAUAGCUAGUCUCUGUCUAGCUAUAGGAAGACGAAUUUUGGUACUAGCUAGUUCCGGAGAAAUGAACGGCGCGGGAAAAGUGGAACUGUUUUCAGCCUGUCAACGAGGAGAGUUGGAGACUAUCAGGAGGCUGUCAGACCAAGUGACUAUAAGGGACAUUCGAUAUGGAUAUGGCCAGAGUCCACUGCACAUCGCCGCGAGAGAGGGUCAUCUGGACGUGGUGCGAUAUCUGGUGACUGAAGCUGACUGUGAUCCUGAUGUCAGAGAUGAUGAUCAGGACACUCCCCUUCACACUGCCUGCAGGUUUGGUCGUCUGGAUGUAGUGAGAUAUCUGGUGGCAGAAGCCCACUGCGAUACCGAUGUCAGAGAUAAAGAUGGUGAAACUCCUGUUCACACUGCCUGCUGGAGUGAUCAUCUGGAUGUGGUGGGAUACCUGGUGAAUGAAGCUCACUGUGAUCCUAAUGUCAAGAGUAAAAAAGGAGAAACUCCUCUCCACAGAGCUUGCAGGGAAGGUCGUCCGGAUAUAGUGAGGUAUUUGGUGACAGAAGCUGGUUGUGAUCCAAUGCAAGGGACGGUAGUGAACAGACCCCUCUCCACUGGGCCUGCAGGACGGGUCAUCUGGACAUAGUGAGGUGUCUGGUGGACAAAGGUCAGUGUGAUCCAAACUCCAUGGAUGGCGACGAGUCGUUUCCCCUCCACACUGCUAGCAGGUUUGGUCAACUGGAUGUAGUGAGGUAUCUGGUGACUGAAGCUCAGUGUGAUCCAAACAUCAGAAACAAAGACGAAGAGACUCCAAUCCACACUGCCUGCCUGGGUGCUCAUCUGGAAGUGGUGAGGUACCUGGUGAGUGAGGCUCACUGUGAUCAGGACUCAAGAAACACUGCCGGCGAGAGUCCUCUACAUACUGUCUGCAGGAAGGGUCAUCUGGAUAUAGUGAGGUAUCUGGCGGGUGAGGCUAGCUGUGACCUGAAUGCCAGGGACACCAAUGGAUACACUCCUCUUCACACUGCCUGCAGGAUGGGUCGUCUGAAUGUGUUGAAAUGUCUAGUGAAUGAGUUUCAAUGUGAUCCUCACGUCAGAGAUAAUGAAGGAGAGAGUCUCCUACACAUUGCCGUCAGUAUGGACGACAGAGCUGUGGUUGCGUAUCUACUAGCAGAGUGUAGCGCUGACCCCAACUGUACCGCCUACAACGGAUCCACACCCACGUCCCUCGCAGAGAGCUCGGAAGUCGUCAAACUUCUCCUGGAACAUGGUGGAGUGACUAACAAUUCCACCAAGCGGUUUUUAGCGGCCCAAGAGACUGUCCCUCGCGUACUGACCACCAGAGAUACAGCCAGCAAGGUGCCUAGUGUCCCUGGGUUUACCACAGAGAGAUGAGGAAACAGACAAGAGUGCCCUCAUAACAGCUCUGACAACCGAGGUGAAGCAGCAAGUAAAAGGCUGGCCGUCUAAGAAGUAUAAGGAAACUAGCAUCUGAGGAGACACGAGUUGAAAGUCAUAGCCUCCAGACUCUCCUCGUUUAUGUCAACAGUUUUGUUCAGACAUCAAAAAAUAAUAUUCACCUGACAUGUUUUUUUGUUAGCACAAGAGUGGAAAAA